GAACAGCCUAGACGUGACGAUGAGGUCGCAUGCCAAAUAUAAGACCAGCGCCCUCCUCGUGAAUGAUGGAAGUCUAUCGGUAACUGAUUACUAGAGCAGUAUUCAGCCGCUGUAAUUAACACGAUGUUUGUUGCAGCGUUUCUCGUCUUUGCGUCGUGCUUCCGCACGACUUACGCUCAGUCAUGCGACUCCGUUGAAGAAGGCUACCAGUGCAACAGCGAAAUCUCGCACAACUGGGGCCAAUAUGCGCCGUUCUUCUCGGUAGCCUCCGACAUUGACAACAGCAUCCCAAGCGGCUGCGAUGUGACCUUCGUGCAGGUCCUCAGCCGUCACGGCGCCCGUGACCCCACGGCGUCCAAGACGGCCAAGUACAACGCGACGGUUCUCAAGAUCCAGAGCUCCGUCACUUCGUACGGGUCUGGCUUCGAGUUCAUCAAGGACUACGAGUAUACGCUCGGUGCGGACCAGCUGACCACCUUCGGCCAGCAGGAGCUUGUCAACUCGGGCAUCAAGUUCUUCAACCGAUACCAGGCGCUUGCUAGUGCCACUGUGCCCUUCUUCCGCUCGUCGGGUGAGGAACGUGUUGUGGAGUCCGCGCAGAACUGGACCCAGGGGUUUCAGCAGGCUCGUUCCGGAGCAGAGAAUGUGACCAGUUCUGAGUUGUAUCCAUUUGAUAUCCUCGUGGUCUCCGAAGCGGAUGGAUCGAACAACACCCUGAACCACGGUCUCUGCACCGCCUUUGAAGAAGGACCCGCCUCCGAAGUAGGCGACGCUGCCAUCGCGACCUGGAUCUCCGUCUUCGUGCCCAACAUCACCGCACGGCUGAACGCCAACCUGCCCGGGGCCAACCUGACCGACACCGAGACCAUCUACGUCAUGGACUUGUGCCCCUUCAACACAGUUGCCAACGACAACGGGACCGUUUCCCCCUUCUGCGACCUGUUUACCGCCGACGAGUGGGAAAGCUACGGGUACUACCUCAGCCUGGACAAGUUCUACAGCUAUGGCUUCGGCAACCCACUGGGUCCUACCCAAGGCGUGGGGUUCACGAACGAGUUGGUGGCAAGACUAACGAACGCGUCGUCCAAUGAUCACACGAGUAGCAAUGCGACCCUUGAUGGCAACCAGGCGACAUUUCCCUUGGGACUGCCACUGUACGCUGAUUUCACGCACGAUAGCGAUAUGGUGGCUAUCUACAGUGCGAUGGGACUCUACAAUUCUUCGAUUAUGUUGAGUAACACGACGAGGCAGACGCUUGCGGAAACGGGCGGGUUUAGCACGAGUGUGGCGGUGCCGUUUUCGGCGAGGAUGUACGUUGAGAAGAUGACUUGCAGCGGUGAGAGCGGGAACAUCAGUGUUGGGGAGGAGUUGGUCAGGGUCUUGGUCAAUGAUCGCGUGAUUCCACUUGAGUCCUGCGGCGCGGAUGCGCUGGGGAGGUGCACGUUGGAUGCCUUUGUGUCCAGUUUGAAUUUUGCGCAGAGUGGUGGAUUGUGGGACCAAUGUUUUACGUAAAUCGUUUAUGUUGCUUCAUAGAAGCCAUCCACGUUGUGUUUGAGUCAAGACUGUUGUGAGACCUUGUCGUUGCGGAAUAUCCUCGCAUGUGCAGUUUCAUGGCGGACGACGGUACUAUGUUGACUUUUGCUGAGUAUACAUUGCCAAUUCCGCUGUGAAUGAUACCUCGCUUGAAAUCGAGUCAGUCGAUGGGGUGAUAUAUCAU